GGAGGGCGUGUCCGGACGAGAGUUCGCUGAGGGAGAGUCCGCAGAAACGGCCGCAGAACCAAAAUGUCCGCAGUCCCCGACGGGAAGAAGCUCGUCCGCAGCCCCAGCGGGCUCCGCAUGGUGCCGGAGAACGGAGCCUUCAACAGCCCCUUCUCCCUGGACGAGCCGCAGUGGGUCCCGGACAAAGAGUGCCCCAGAUGUAUGCAGUGUGACACCAAGUUCGACUUCAUCAGAAGAAAGCACCACUGUCGGCGGUGCGGCCGCUGCUUCUGCGAUAAAUGCUGCAGCAAGAAGGUGGCGCUGCCCCGGAUGUGUUUCGUGGAUCCGGUCCGACAGUGUGCCGAGUGCAGCCUGGCGUCCCAGAAAGAGACGGAGUUCUACGACAAGCAGCUCAAAGUGCUUCUGGGAGGAGGAAACUUCGUCGUCGUUUUGGGAACUUCGGAGAAGUCUGAAACCAUGACGUGUCGCCUCUCCAACAACCACAGGUAUCUGUUCCUGGACGGUGAAACCCACUUUGAGGUCGAGUUGUCUCGGAUCUCCAGCAUGCAGAUUCUGACGGACGGGACGAGUCCAGGAGGAGGGACGUCUCGAGCCAGCGGCAUGUUGCUCCAUUACAAACCAAUGGGCUCCCAGGACGCCCAGCAGCUUCGCAUGGAGGCGGCAGACGACAAGAAGGUGGCUUCAUUAUGGCUGGCUGCAAUGCACAAGGCGGCCAAGCUGCUGUACGAAGCUCGGGACCAGUGACGAGCAGAACUGGACCUGCACGCAGCACACACCCAAGUGUUUUCAACCCAGCGGGGUUCGGCAUCGUUGGGAUUCUUCGUAACGCCAGUUCUGAUUCUGCUUCUCCGUCUGAUUCCUCAUUGGUUCUUGAUACCAGUUCUUAUCGUGGUAAUUUUUGCAAGAAAUGUUUAUAUGACACAACACUUUAUUACCUCUAUAACCAGUACUUUGUACAUCAUGUUUACCGCCAGUACGCUGAUUGUUCCUUCAUUUUCUCAUUUCGCAGAGAGUCCAUUAAUCCUCUCUGCUUCAGUGCAUAAAUCAGCCUUAAUGUUUCUACAUUAAAUACAUAACAGGAGAAGGAGCCGGUUGAGAUUUGUCGGUGCAACGAGGCUUCGACUUUAAUUCCACGGUUUUGUUUUGCGACGUGAUUCUGUGACACUUUGUUUACUUUCCUACAAAGAAGUCAACGUUAGAAAAUCCGCUAAAUGUGACCUUAUUCACAGUUAACUCACACAAUAACUUUAUAUGCUGCUCUUAAAUUUUGUUUAUAUUUUUCUGUCAACGAGGGUUUUAUUUCCCGUCAGAAGAGACGAAACACAUUCUGCAUUCAGCUAAACGGAACCAAGUACCGACCCGCUCAACAGACCGUCAGACUGUCGCCAGCAGGUUGAAGGAAAAAUCCACCUUAAAACCCUUUAACACAAGUAGAAAGGCAGCUAUUUGUGAUUUCAUUUGCACUUCAGGGCUCGUGUGUGCUUCGUUUCUGGUAAUCCUACAAAUAAGAAGACGUCUGAUGGCAGAAAAUGUCCAGUGGAUCCAACUGUGCAGCUCCACAGGCAAACUUUUAUGAGCACGUUGAAUACACGCCACAGCUCAGUGUGGUUGUUAUUAUUUGACAGCAUAGCUUCUAAAUUUCUCCUGGUGUUUUAGCACAUAUGUGCAGUAUAUAAACCUUCCAUAGGAAACACUUUAAUGCGGUUAUAAGCAGAUACAAGGGUUUUUUUUAUUACUGGAUUUGCUAACAGCCGUACAUGGACGCUCAAAUGUAAACAGAAGAUGUGUUAAAAUGCUGUCGUAAUAAUUGAUGUAGUUGUUGACGAGCACUAAAUCUUAAUUAACACCUUCAGUUUCCUCAUAGCUGCUACAUUACAGUGCAUUUUAAACCAUUUCAGUAUUGCUUGCAUAUAUACGUACAAAUAUAUAUAUAUACUUCCAGUGCAGCAAUUAUAGAUUUGGCUGCAUUAAAACCCACUUCAGGUGAUCUCAUCAAGCUGUUUGAGACAUUUUCUUCCCCUAAUGAUGUCUAAAGACACAAUAAAUGAAGGAUAUCAUGAAAACACUGCGACAGUUUUAGCUUACAGAGAAUCAUCAGCUAAUUCUGCAGCUUUUAUUGAGCUUCAGCUCGUCGUUCGCUCGUCGUUCUCAGUCACAGCAGGCAGCAGAAAAAAGCCUGAAACCAAACACCAGAGAAACACAGUUACAAGACUAGCUGGUGAACUCAUUAUAGCAUUUAGCUGCCAACGAUACCAAUAUUUUAUUAAGGCGGCGGUGGAGACCAAAAACCGAGUUAAAAAAGAACAACUGUUGGACCUUUUUUUUUUAGAUUUAAGGCAAACUCGUUGCUUUUUUAACUGCCAGAUGCGUAAACAAGCUACUAUUGACUUUUGUUUUCCUAAAUAAUGAGAAAAUACAAAAUAAAUGAAGUAUAUCAUGAAAAGCCGUGACUAUGGAGAAGUAAAAACAUUGUGUGAAAGGUGAAAAAUGAACCCACCAAAGCUCUGUCGCUAUGUACAGACAUCUAUACGUUCACAGGUGAAUUAUAACAGAGCAGAGAAAAGCGCUGUUAAAUGUCACCAGAAAAUGUGAGGUUCUAGAGUCGAUGGUUGGCAGGUUGGGUUCUGGACGGCGCUCACAGGCAUUCUGGGUAACGCAGGACUCUCUAACCGAAGCAGAAGAAGCAACAGGGCGGCUCCUGAAAUGCAAAGAGCAUCGCAGAUUUCUGUCCAGUUUACGUAGAAGUGACGUUGAGCGGUGGAUUUUUCCGUCACCGGAGCAGCUGUGAAAGUUCUGUUUAAACUCUGUCAUAGAUUCACAUCUUCAGGCCUGUGCGUCUGAGGAAACGUCCGACUAUUCACUGAUUCUAGUGAAGCAUAAACGCGUCAUUAAAAUGCUUUAAAUGUA